GAUGGCUGAGCCGCAACUAAGUAGUCAACACGCGCACAUUUUAUAAAUAAAUCGCGACUUUUACGAAUUUCUAAUUGAAAAUAUGAGUUUCCUUAAACCCAAGACCCACAUUGAGCAGGGGGACAUUGUAAUCCUAUACCUGAGUGUCAAUUCCAUGCAUGCCAUUGAGGCAGUGCCCACAAUAGUGAACAAAAAGGGCGAAACUAUACAACACAUCUUCCAGACCAAUUAUGGCUCGCUCAAGGUGGAAAGCAUCAUUGGCGUGGAAUACGGCAGCCGCGUGGAACUCUCAAAGGGCUGGGCCAAUGUUCUGCAGUCCUCCCCAGAGCUAUGGACACAAACACUCCCGCAUCGCACUCAAAUCAUUUACACCCCAGAUAUAAGUAUGAUUCUGCACCAGCUGGAGGUGCGACCCGGUGCCGUAGUCAUUGAAUCGGGAACAGGUUCCGGCUCGCUGUCGCACUACAUUCUGCGCGCUCUGAAGCCCACCGGUCAUCUGCAUACAUUCGAUUUUCAUGAGGCUCGCGCCGACCAGGCCCGCGAUGAGUUCAAGCGUCACGGCCUCGCCGCAUACGUAAGCGUAUAUCACAGGGAUGUGUGCAAUUUGGGUUUCAGCACCGAACUGGAUGGGGCCGCCAAUGCGGUAUUCUUGGAUCUACCCGCACCGGAUUUGGCUGUGCCGCAUGCAUUCAAGGCGUUAAAGUUGUCGGGCGGCCGCUUUUGCUCUUUCUCACCUUGCAUUGAGCAGUCACAGCGCUGCAUUCAAGAGCUCACCAAACUGGGAUUUAACGAGAUCUGUUCGAUGGAGGUUCUGCAGCAGGAGAGCGUCAUCAAGACGCGUUCGUUGCCCGUCAUCGAUUUGGAGUUUCUUAAAUUGCCCAAAACUAACGAAUCAUCCUCGCCUGAAGAGACCAAAACACCCAAGGAGUUGAAGAAGUAUCUCACCUCGAGCAAUCCCCAAACGUUGCCCGGACACACAGGCUUUCUCACCUUUGCCACGCUGCCGCCCAAUAUACCAAAGGCUUGAUUAAUAAAUGUGCAUUUUAUUUUCGUAA